AUGUUGGUGGACAUGUUCACUUACAGUCUUCUUUCUCUUCUCUACACACAGGUGAGUACAAAAUGCCGUGGCUUGUGGUGGGAAUGUGUCACAAACGUUUUUGAUGGGAUCCAAACUUGCGAUGAGUAUGACUCCAUCUUCGCCGAGCACCCUGUGAAGCUGGUGCUGACUCGAGCCAUGAUGAUCACAGCCGAUAUCCUGGCAGGAUUUGGAUUUCUCUUCCUUGUCCUGGGACUGGACUGUGUGAAAUUCCUUCCUGAUGAGCCGCUCAUCAAGCUGCGCAUCUGCCUGGUGUCUGGAGUUAUGUUGCUCAUUGCAGGUCUCCCAGGCAUUACCGGCUCGGUGUGGUACGCUGUUGAUGUCUACGUGGAGCGCUCCUCUCUGGUCUUCCACAACGUGUUUCUGGGCAUCCAGUACAAGUUUGGCUGGUCGUGCUGGCUUGGCAUGGCAGGGUCACUUGGCUGUUUCUUAUCCGGGGCCCUGCUCACCUGCUGCAUGUACCUCUUCAGAGAGACCAACUCUGGAAGACUCCACUCUGCUUACUCCUUGAGGAAAGGCUAUUCUUCAGCUGGGACAAUCGUAACAAACGUGCAUUUACCAUCCUCUCAAACAGCUACUGCCAAAAUGUAUGCAGUGGACACAAGAGUGUGAGAGGAAGGUGAGUGCUCCAGAAAGAGCUCAACUUCUAUCUGUAGUGGAUUGCACAGAGACCCAAUCUCCUGUGGUUGUGAUACAGAUACAAAGUUAAAUUUCAAGGAUGUACGGUAUGCCAAAAUGUUUGCACUAUGAGAGCUUAAAAAACCUCCUUCCUUCUAGAAAAUGAUCUCUGAGGAGAUCUUGCUUCAGGAAUUCCUGUUGUCUUUAGUGCUGAAGGCCACUUGCAUAAGCACAGACUGAAAUAACCCACACAAACUCUUUCAUCAUCUGGCUUAACACUAUUGGCACAAGUUGAGAUAAUUCAGCAUGAAGAUCCCCAGCCUCUAAGAUGGAUCUGUUUUGUGUCUGGCAAUGUGUCGACAGAACAUACAAAGCAGAAAACACGGGUGAAGAGAGGGACUGAUCGUCUGGCCAACAUCUGGACCCUGUGCACCCGGGAUGGGAGGCUGCUCCUCUUAAAGGCAGCUGGAGAGUUCAGCAGAAGAUAAAGAGCUGUGUUAAAUGCCUGGCCCUUUCUUUGGA